UGUUUUGGAGUAGGCAGUGAACACGCGAUUCAAAGACAUCGGAGAAGCAUAUUAAACAUAUUGCCAAACAUGGACCGACCAAUUGUGACUAUAAGUGAUGGACAGCUGCAGGGCACUACUUUAAAAAGCGUAUUGGGUCCCAACUACUAUGCUUUUAAAGGGAUUCCCUUUGCCGCACCACCUCUUGGUUCACUAAGAUUCAAAGCACCACAACCACCUGAAAAAUGGUCUGGUGUACGAGAUGCUUCGAAUUAUGUUGGGGACGCUUGCAUGCAGAUGAGGGAUGAUCGAACCCGAGCUGUCGUAGGAAGUGAAGAUUGUCUUUACCUAAGUGUACUUACUAAAACUCUUAGUCCCGACAGACCAGUGAUGGUUUUCAUUCAUGGUGGAAGUUUUGUCGAAGGUACAACAAAUCGUGAUGUCUAUAGGCAGGAUUAUUUGGUUACUCAAGACGUCGUAUUGGUAAAUAUUAACUACAGAAUGGGACCUUUCGGAUUUCUCAGCCUCGGACACGAAGUGGCAACCAGUAACGUGGGUUUGAGAGAUGUAAUCUACUCUUUGCGAUGGGUUAAAAAUAAUGUUGAAGCUUUUGGAGGAGAUACCAAUAAUAUCACGAUUUUUGGUAGCAGCGCAGGAGCUCUGAUAACUCACUUGUUGACACUGAUACCGAAAGCUAAAGGUUUGUUUCACAAAGCUAUAAUUCAAAGUGGCACUUGCAAUAACGCCAGGACCCUAGUUAGUAAAUUCGAUAUUAAAAAUGGCUUCAGAAUCGCGGCUCUUCUUGGAAUGCAUUCAGACGAUCCAACCAAAGUGAUAGAAUUCCUUCGCACAAUGCCCGCUAUAAAACUUGUUCAAUGUGAAGAUCACAUUCUAACCCAAGAGGAAGCAAUUCAAUACGGCAUGCGACCAUAUGGGCCAGUUAUUGAUGUAGAUUACAAUUCGGAUCCCUUGAUUCCUGGUACAUUCGAAGAGUUAAAGAAUAACAAUGCUGAUAUACCGAUUAUGAUUGGACAUACCUCGGAUGAGAGUCUUUUGGUUUUCGUUGAUAAAUUCAAUGACGAAACUUACAAAUACCACAACGAUCAUAUAGAAUCAAUAAUCAGAAAUAAAUUAAAAGACCCCACGGUAUUUCCUGAGUUAAUGAAAGAAGUGCGAGAAUUUUAUUUAAAGAACAAGCCAAUCGAUUCAGAAAACGUCUGGAAUUUGAUACGUUUGACAAGUGACUUUUCGAUUCAUGCUGAUAGACAAAUAAUCGAUUAUCGAGUCGAAUCUGCAACAGCACCAACCUACGUUUACAUGUUUUCCUACAUGGGAGAUGAGCCCACGAUUUAUCAAACUGAUCAUGGUCCACAGCCUCUCAAAGGAGUCGCACAUGCUGACGAGCUUUCAUACUUGUUGUACCUGGCCUACUUUCCUAUAAGAAAGGAGAACCCAGAAAAAAUAUAUCCCAAAGAAGGUACUUUGGAUAGACUUGUAACGGAGAGAAUGAUUCGUAUGUGGCAAAAUUUUGCCGCAACCGGGAAUCCCACCCCCGAGACCGAUGACAAGUACAUUACGACAGUUUGGAAACCAGCGAGCAAAGAGCACUUGUACUAUCUAGAAAUAAAUAAAGACCUUCCGUUGCGCGAUGACAGGGACUCGAAAAGCUGGCCGUUUUACGAAAAGAACCGCGAUUACUUCAAACAACUUUAA